AUGGGAGAAUGUCCUUACAUUGGGGAUCAGUGGGAAGAAUGUCCUUACAUUGGUGAUUCAAUGGGAAGAAUGGUUUCUUACAUUGGGGGUCAGUGGGAAGAAUGUCCCUUACAUUGGGGGUCAGUGGGAAGAAUGUUCCUUACAUUGGGGUUCAAUGGGAAGAAUGUCCUUACAUUGGUGGUCAGUGGGAAGAAUGUCCCUUACAUUGGUGGUCAGUGGAAAAGAAUGUUCCUUACAUUGGGAUCAGUGGGAAGAAUGUCCCUUACAUUGCUGGUUAGUGGGAAGAAUGCUCCUUACAUUGGUGAUCAGUGGAAGAAUGUCCCUUACAUUGAUGAUCAGUGGGAAGAAUGCUCAUUGAAUUGCUGGUCAAUUAGAAGAAUGUCUAUUGCAUUGGUGGUCAGUGGAAAGAAUGUUCCUUACGUAUAAGUAUGACAGAUAAAUUCUACAAUUGCAAUGUUGCUCAGUGUGAAGAAUGUUCUUUACAUUGGCGAUCUCUGGGAAGAAUGACUUUUACAUUG